AUGUUGAACUCCUCACGAGUGAAUUCACCGGUACCGAGGUCGGUAAAGUCAGUCGACAAUAUGGCCUUGCCCGGUCAACCCCCAAUUUCGCUGGAUCACUUGGCUGUCCACGUGACCAACCUCAAGUCCUUUGACAACAAUGGUCUCUACAAGGAGUACGAGGCUAUCGAUCCGGGCUCCGGUUACACCUGGCAGAAUGCGAAUCUGGACCUGAAUAAACCGAAGAAUCGUUAUGCAAAUGUGAUUGCCUACGAUCACAGCAGGGUUCUUCUGCGGCAGCUUCCAGGCAUUGUCUGUUCCGACUACAUCAAUGCGAACUACAUUGACGGCUACCAACGCCAGAAUGCCUAUAUUGCUACUCAGGGUCCGCUUCCGGAAACGUUCGCCGACUUUUGGCGGAUGGUCUGGGAGCAGAACUCCCGGAUCAUCGUCAUGAUGACCCGACUGGAAGAGCGUGCCCGCCUGAAAUGCGAUCAGUACUGGCCG